AUGGCGAUCGGAGCCCCCUUCCAUCAUGCAGUGGCCAUGUGCCUCCUCAUUGGCAAAGAUCUCACCGGCAAGCACACUCGUAAGCGAGGACAUGAUCAACUUGGCGUUUCGGGCUCGGAUGGCGAAAUUACGCGACGAUCGGUUUCGAAUGUUCUGCAAUGCAACAGUUCCUUUCGAAGUACAGCUAGCUUCUUCAGAUCGGGAUGGAACCUGCUAAUCGCGCAAUGGAACCUGCUACCUUGA